AUGGACCCAGUUCCUGCAGUUGCAGUUCAUCAACAAUCCUCCUCUUCUGAUGCGUCUAGCAUGUCAGCCACCUCACAGGCAGCUGAUCAUGAUCAUGGUCAUUCACAGAUGCAGAAAUCUGAACCACCACCAGCUGCUACGUCAACCCAUGAAUCUAGUUCUCAUGUUUUGCUAGAUUUGAAGCUUUCUACCGAUGAUUCGGUUCGCGGGUCGAAGUUUGAACUCAAUCUUUUCACCCCUGUCACUGCAAAUAACGAGUCUGUUACUGAUCAUGAGAAGAGAUCUAAUCCUAAUGAUCAGUCUAGGGUUUUCACAUGCAACUUUUGCAAGAGAGAGUUCUCUACGUCCCAAGCUCUUGGUGGCCACCAAAACGCACACAAACAAGAACGUGCAAUAGCCAAGAGGCGUCAAGGGAUGGAUUUGGUGGGUGGCUUUGGACACUUGUCUUAUGAUUAUCCAUAUUCAAGCCUUUCAACUCAUCACCAUCCUUUGUAUGGAUCUCUUAAGUAUUCUUCUUCUUCUUCUUCAUCCUAUCCAUGGAUGUCCUCUGGCGGAGCCGCCCAUCGCUAUAGCCAUGGUGGGUGGCCUAGGCUGGGCUUUAUCAAUAAUAGUGGUGGAUUUGCAGUUCUUUCUGGGUCUUCUUCUUCUAGGUUAAUUACUGAAAAUAAAAGUACUCCUUUUCCUAAUUAUCUUAGUGCUUCUCCUUCGAAUAUUAGUACAACGAUAAGAACACUAUACACCGGUGAUCAUCUCCGGCGAGCCGUCGACCUUUCAACAAACGAUCAAGUUGAUGCUUCAGGGAUUGACUUAUCACUUAAACUUUAA